UGGAGAGGUUGGACGUUACGAGUCGGGCGCAAUAAACGUCGGGUUCUUAUUUUGAUUCGUAGAAGGCUCGCCUCGUUGGAACGGGUGGCCGAAACUGAAGGAUCCGUGGAGAAAGUUCAGAAUAUAGGUCACCAAGUACUGAUAAAAACAUGAUACGCGCUGGAAAUGGGGGUGUUGUAUAUUUUGAAAAGUUAACAUGUUCGGAAGAGAGUGACGCGACAGAGAAGGCAACGUCAAGAAAGUGCGAGGGGCAGCUGUCUUCGACGAAGGCAAACAGCUGUUCGCCCUACAAAGAUGCAAAUCGCACGACAGAAAUGGCGCAAGAGGACAAUAAUCCAUGCUGGAAUAAUCUGCCUAGUGUCAUUCUACAAGAAAUAUUUUCGUAUUUGCCUCACAACAGUCGGUUGAAAGCCUCCCAGGUUUGUAGAAAUUGGAGGUAUGCUUUAUUUCAUCCUAGUUUUUGGAAAAAAAUCACGUUUUCUCUCGAAUACAAAGACAGUAUUUCAUGGGCUCGAUUUUUGGCUGAAAGUUUUGGACUAAGCGUGCACGAAGCUAUAAUAUGCUGCGAUACGCCGAACAAUGUUGCGGAUGACACAUUAGCCAUCUUGAAGAAGUUAAGUUGUAACAGGCAACUACGUAAAUUAUUUUUGGAAUUUAGCAGCAGCUUCAUCGAUUACAAAGACGAUAAGAACAUUAACGAGUACAAGAUAUCAUUGAUAGAGCCUUUUGUAAAAAUUAUUGAAACAGCUAAUCGUUUGGAAGCCUUAAGUUUUGGAUGCAUAGAAGAAUUAACAGCCAGCGCUGGUGUAAUUUUAGAAUCUUUACGUCAGCAUCACGCCAAACAUCUAACGAUUCUCAGUUUGGCAUCCGUCAGAGACGAUCCUGACAAUUAUGAUUUUUUGGAACUUGGAGUCGAUUCUGAACUUUUUUUUAACUCAUUCAUCAGAUUGUCCAUUUUGACUCUGGAUUAUGAUUUUGUGAGCGAUUCUUUACUGAAAGCAUUAGAUACUGGCACCAUGGAAAGGCUCGUAAUUCACGUGCAUCGUUGGGACAGACAUUACGCGGGAACAACCGACAAUGCUUGGCAAGUUUUUGUUCAAAAAAAUCCAAAAUGUGAGCUACGAUUAAAUCUUAUACACUCCUAUGUUGGCAUUGACAUGUUGCACUCGGAUAUACUUCGUCGUUCCAUGCCUCUUACGCACUUAAAAGUGUUAUUCUGUGAGGAUGUUAACAUCAGAGCGUUGCUUUUAUUAUCCAGGUGGUAUCACCUUAGUUUAAAGUCUUUGAUAUGGAUCGACUCGAUGGAUCCUACGCGUACCUUGCCAGCAACUUGCGAUCCUAGACGAACCUUGCCAGCAACCUGCGAUCCAACCGAACCCGACAGCCCUGAUCCAUUAGUAUUUAUUGCAUGGAAGUGUACCAAACUUGUGGAAAUUGUAUUCAUAGGCCACAAAUACUACCAAGAAAACUUGUUAGCUAUUGCACGUCUACGAGGAUGCACCCUUAAGUCAUUAGUGUUUGCACAAAGAGACAUUGCAUCCUACAAUGAAUCUUGGCACAAGGCUGAAAGUAUCACACAUGAAAUACAAGAGAUAAUGGGUUAUCGGUGGGAACCUUUAAGAGAUGCAGAUUUACCUGCGGUUGUAAAGAAUUCAUUUAAAGGUGACAGCAGAGACGUGAUUAUGCCAUUGGUCCUUCGUGACCAAAAGUAAUUUUUGAAUGCACACCAAGAAAAUAUUACUCCCCAGUAUCAUUCACCGACAUCUCCAACAAUUUCUGGGCGAGCUACAUUCUCAGAAGUAAAGUUACGAAGUUAUAUCCUUUAUUUUUCUAUAAGAUUUGUUUUUUACGGGAACUAUGAAUGAUACAUCAAACAGUGAACGUGUGUAAAACUUCGUAAACUAAAAAUCAAUAACUAAAUGGUUAACGCUGUCAGGUAAGAAUCACACAGUUCCAAUGUGUAAAUAGCGAGGGUAAAAACGCACACAAGUUCUCCUGCUUUACAAUGAUUUUAUCAGUUCACUUAAGAACGUGAUAAGCCAUAAUUGACUAUGUCUUUCUUGAGUCCGUGAUGGGGGUACCCAAAUUAAGUAUGAAUUACCUCUGCUAAUGAGAUGAUUUCCUCGUCUAUCGAAACGGAGAACGAAACGAUUUACGAUGGCUUUUCACGAGAAGCCUUUUUUAACGGAGUCUAUUGGCAAACAGUGGUGAUCUUGAAAUGGUCAGCUUAAGAACAAUAUACUUAUUAAUAAUCGUUCCUCUCACCAAUGAAUAUUAGAAAGAAAAAAAAAGAAACGUAUAUAUAUUAUAUAAAAAUAUAACAAUAUUCUUGGUAGAUACUAAGAAUUAAUAAGCAUCGCAAGACGAUCAGGGUCUUCCUAAACAGACCUUACGCGUGACGUACACCUGUUAAUAUCGCAGGAAAAGUGAAUAUUGAAAGAAAUUAAGGCAAUAUGCGCUACAAUGAGAGGCGAUCAUCGUACCAAGAAAAAAAAAAUAAAAGAAUAAAAUGAAGAGUGAGACUAGAAGAAAAAGAAGAAAGGGGCCGAUCUCACGAUGUUCCACUGGAAAGCGUAACGAAAUUCCAAACGUAUGUAAGUAGAAACAUGUUAACAGAUAUUUUUCCAAUUCUAUGGGAAUUUAGAUCAAGCGAGCGCCAAGAGAAUGCAGUGUAAGAAUGAGUAACUAAAAAUGGUGAAGACUUCGCGAAAGAAUUUAAUCGAGUUGCGCAGAUAUAACGAAUAAUGCACUCAGUAUGAAGUCGUAACAGCGUUCCGAGGUUAUUUUUAAUACCAAAACCAAUCGGACGCUUUUGUACAAAUAUUAAAUGAAUGUGUGCCGAGAAGAGUGCGGUUGAUUUGGGUGGUACGUAAGUCAGUUUUAAUAUAAAGAGCUCCGUAUCUCGCGUUAGGAGGAAAUAUUGUGAUUCUUUGAGACCUGUACGACCUCCGAGUACCGUCCUCUUCACCGUGCUCUUAGCGACCGCUGGAAACGAACACAAAUAUAGUUAUCUAUAAAGAAAUCAGAGGGAAUUAGCUGCUAAUCGUGUAUGUGUAUAUGUAUGUAUAUCUGUAUUAUCUAUCGAACUUUAAACGUUAAUAUUUGGAUGCCGAGCGCAUCUAUUUCUGUCGUGCGAUUAAUAAUGACGAUUUCGAACGUUUAAAAAUGAUCCAUAACACAAAGAAGAAAUACCAAAACAAGAACAGCAACAAAACCACCACCGUAAACAGUUUAUUAUUCCGAGGAGUUCUUUACAUUAUUUUCCUCGAGCUCUUGUAUAAUUAAUUAAUUACAUCGUCGUGUAUCGUACUUGUAGUCACGUAUACCAUUGUUUUCUUUUUUUAUAUAUAUAUGUGGUUUCUGUACAUACAUUCGUGCGUUGAACGAAGAAAAGGAUAAAAAAAAAAAAGAAGUAUUGGACACGCGCAAAAAUCGCGGAGUUGCGCACCCGAAUUUAAAUGAAAAAAACAGGGAAGAGGAUGAAGAGCGAGCGAAGUAAUAUAAUAGACGUUUGUUCGAACGAGAGAGAGAGAGAAAACAGAUAAUACGAGGUUCGAUUGAGAGCUAGGCACAAACGCGAGGAAGACUAUUUCUUUUUUAAACGAUUCUAUUGCCGCUAUACAAGAUGAACGGGCCUUAAUAUGUACCUGAGUCGCGGUGAGAGUAAAUUUAUCGAACAAAUCUGACACGCGACAGCCACCAUAAGAAAAUAAUCGUAGUCACCUUAAUGGAUAUUUUUUCGGCGAUUCGCCCGGUGUAUCGCCAAAAAAUAAUCAACUAGUUAAGGUAUGCUCGUGCCCUUUCAUUUCGUAUACCGUGCGCGUGUAUUGUUUAGGGGGUCAGGAGAACAAAAAAAAAAAUUCUUAACGAACGUAACCCGUUGUUUAUUCGAUGCUACGAAUCCUCGCGAACAAAUGCGAUCGUGACCCACUUUGUUGUUCGCUGACCAUUAACGCUGUGCGGAACGAGCCAGACUUUAUUUACUAAGAACAGUGGGGGGAGAUUGUUUUUUUUUUUUUUUUUUUUUUUAAAUUAUUUCUCUUCGUGCGUGUUUCUUUUUUUCUCUGUUGAACGAAGUCCCGCGUAAGCAGUAUACUCGCGGGCACGGUGCCCGGCGUGUGAAUCUAAAGAGCGAAAGAGAGAGUAAGUGUGAAAGAACAUAUAUGACGUUGCGAAAAACGAUAGCGUAUGAGAGAGAACGAAAUUAAAACGAGAAAAAUGAUAUGCGUUCGGAUAUAUAACGAAAAUAAUAUCCGGUGAGUAAU